UAACCAGUGAUAUUGCAUUUGAUUUUACUGAUUUAAUUGAUGCCAGUGAUUUUUUAACUAAUGCAUUUAGGCAGUAUAUGAGAUUUGGUUCAAGGAUGUAUGAAAUGUCAGCGUCUUAUGAAUCCAGGUGCAUGAAGUCUCCAAAUGCUCCUUCUCCUCCAGUAAAACAUUCAUCAGGUUUGAAGAGUCAAUCCAGGAGUAAUAGCUGUACACCAGUAACUUGCAGCAGCCCUUUGGAAACCGUGAGCAGAAACGUGUGCUAUUGUCCUGACUGUGAUGCUUUGCCUUUCACUCCAGAAAGUAAUAGAAACCAGUCUUUUGGCUGUAGUUCCUAUUCCCCUUCAGCAUCAACCAGUGGCACCCCUAAUGUUAAAAGUCCAUAUACAAAUGUUGUUACUUCAACUAUGGUUGGAUGUAUUUCGGACUCCCCUAGUAGAGCAAUCUGCAGGAGGGCUAUUGCUUCAAGUUCAAGUCCUGUUUCAGGAUGUGCUACUAAAGUGGUUGUUCCAAUAAAGAAGAGAAGAAUGUCAGAAAAUGUUGAUCUUUCCCACCAGCAUGACUUAAAUGAUGUGUUCUCUCAACAAACAGUUAAUUAUGAAACGAAAGUAAAAUCUGCUACGGAGAUCAGUCCUAGAAUGAAAUCUAGCACCACAAAUGGAAGAAACUCUUCACCAGGGUCUGGACAAAAAGUGCCUAAAAGUAAGAUCCCUCAGGCUUGCAAGAAAAGGAUUACAUCUCCUCACACUAACAAAAACAAAUCUGAAAUGCAGUCUUCGUCUGUUACAGGUUGUGGUGAUAAGCUGGGAAAAGAGGGAGUGUGUCAGAGUCACUGUGCUUCUUGGGCACUUCAAGUAGCCCACGGAAAUGGAUUUCCUCCAACUAUGAGAAAUGGUGGAACUUUAGAAAUGUGCCAGUUUAAUGGUUGUUUCCAUAGACCACGUACAGGGAGAUUGUCAUCAGACUCUGCAGCAUCCUGUCCUGUUUCCUUUGUGGAUAUGGAAUUGGAACCUUGGGACAGCAAAGGAAUACAAAGUCCAGUAAUUGCAGGCAUCAUGUUGGAAGAUGAUACAAAAUCUGGGGAAGGUACAACCCUGGCUGUAGCAGUUAGAGUGAGACCAUUUAACCAAAGGGAGAGGAGAGGUUGUACCAAGUGUGUGGUUUCUCUGUCUGGACAAGAACUGUUGAUACAUCAUCCCCAGACAAAUCAGACGUUGUCCUUCAUGUUUGACAUCUGCUUUUGGUCUUUCAACCUCCAAGAUGAAGAUUAUGCUGGUCAAGAAGAGGUUUACAGAAGACUGGGGCAGCCAAUGUUGGAUAAAGUGUUUCAGGGUUACAACACAUGCCUCUUUGCUUAUGGCCAAACUGGAUCUGGAAAAUCUUACACGAUGAUGGGUUACAAUGAAGAUGUUGGAAUUAUUCCAAGGUUCUGUGAGGAACUCUUUCAGAAAGCUGCUGAACAUUCACAGCAGAAUAUAAUUUGCCAUAUUGAAAUGAGCUACUUUGAAGUCUACAAUGAGAAAAUACAUGAUCUUUUAACCUCUCCUAAAGUCAAAGAACAGAAGAAAGUUGCGCUUAGAGUAAGAGAACAUCCAGACCUUGGACCCUAUGUGACUGGUCUUUCUAGUUUUAUUACUCCUGGUGCAAAGACCCGUGGAGGAAACAUUAAAAAUGGACUUAAGGACUUUGAAACUAAACUCUUGAAGAGAGAAGUGCUUGAUGGUGAAGCUCAUGAACAUGCGGUGACGAGCCAUGUGAACAUGGUUGAUCUAGCAGGAAAUGAGCGCUGCAGUGCUGCAGAGACCAGUGAGAAAAGACUAAAGGAAGGUGCAAGCAUAAAUAAGUCUUUGCUGACUCUGGGGAAAGUAAUUUCUGCCCUGUCUGAAUUGUCACAGUCUAAGAAGAAGGUGUUCAUCCCCUACAGGGACUCUGUAUUAACAUGGCUUCUUAAAGAGAGCCUUGGUGGUAACUCAAUGACCACUAUGAUAGCUACAAUUAGUCCUGCUGUGGUAAAUCUGGAAGAAACGUUGAGUACUCUGAGAUAUGCUACUCAGGCUCGGAGCAUCAUUAAUGUAGCCAAGGUCAAUGAGGAUUCUAAUGCUAGACUCAUUAGAGAAUUGAAAUCAGAGAUAGAAAAACUACGGUUACAACAGUGCAGCCAAGGACUUAACAUAAUUCAGUACGAACUAAGCCUUCAAGAAAUUCAGUCUCUUAAACUGAAACUUGCUGAAAAGGACAAGGAGAUGGCGGAAGCACAAAAGGAAUGGAAAGAAAAACUUAUUCUUGCAGAACAAUGCAAGAUGGAAGAAGCAAAGGAACUUCAGAAGUCUGGAGUGGCAUUUAAAGUAGAAAACCACCUUCCAAAUCUUGUGAAUCUAAACGAGGAUCCACAGCUCUCUGAAACAUUGCUGUACCUUAUCAAAGAAGGUCUCACUAAAGUGGGGAAGCUCCAGGCAAACUCUACACAUGAGAUCCAGCUCUCGGGUGCCCUUAUUGCAGAUGACCAUUGUGACAUACUGAAUGAACAUGGAGUGGUCCAGCUGAUUCCCAGUGCUGAGGGUAAAAGUUUUGUGAAUGGAAACCUGAUAGAGCAACCAGUCAUACUUCACCAUGGUGACAGAGUGAUUUUAGGUGGCGGCCAUUACUUCAGAUUCAACCAUCCUGUUGAAGUUCAGAAUGGGUGCCGUAGCUCUGUAGUAGGAGUCGAAUGGACCAAAGACUUUGAAUUUGCUAAGAAUGAACUCAUUGAAGCCCAGAAACAGAAAAUAGAUGCAGAAAUUGAAGAAGCCCGUUUGCAGGGACAGAAGGAAAUGUUAAAUGAAUUGCAGAUGGCUAAGGAGUUGGCUCAGCAGGAACUUUCUGCUCAAAAGUUGAUGUACGAAAACCAUAUUAAGGAACUGGAAAGUCAGCUGGAAGCGUACAAGAAGAUAGAUCUAGUCUUUGGAGAGCAUGAAGAAGGCAGUCAGAGCAAUACCAAGAAGGCUGGAGUGUCAGCACAACCACUUCCUCUGUCCCAAGACUUAGACCAAAUUGGUGUGAAAUCCAUGAAGUUUAUCGAGGCUUUAGGGAGAGAAAAACAGAGGUUGGCUCAGGAGACAGAGCAGCUUCGGCAAACCCACAAGACCAAGGAGAAAUUGCAAAAGCAAGCAUCUGCUGAAGGUCAUGCACAGAUAAAAGCCUUCAGACUUUCUUUGCUUCUGCAGGAAGCCAACAGUAUCAGCAGAAGCUUGAAGAAACAUACAAUGUUCACAAGAUAUGAAGCUCCAGCAAUAAUGGAUGAACCACCCAUCCUGUAUGUCCAAGUAACUAACAUGAAGUUGGGAAUUUUCACUUUGUGGAGUCCAGAAAAGUUUGAAGAAAAGUUGAUAUCUAUGAGAGAGCUUUACCAGGGAACCAGUGAUGAUAAUGGAGAUGUUUUCUUUGAUCCUUCUGAUAAGUGGGAAGCUGAUGUAAGAUCUCCCUCACCUACCAAGAGGAGUAGGUAUUCCCUGAGCAGACAGAAGUCUGGACAAUUUCUGCGAAAAGUGUCCGGUGAAGCAAUUCCAGCUUUGGAUAAUACCAGCUGUCUAUCUGCAUGCAAGCAGUGGGUCAGUUUGGCUGUGGAGGAUCUCGAUAAGAAACUGUUGUCAAGUAACCUCAUUGACUUAAUACUUGCCUGCCUCCAAUUAGUGAUGGAUUCAAGCAAAGAACUUGCAGAGGUCUAUAACGCUGAUAAAAGUAUGGACGAAAGUGGUUGUCUUGUACCCUGCAAUGCACAAACUCAGUCUCUCUGCUUCAAGUCCUCAUCUGCUGUGGAUAACCUAAUUCUGGCUGUCAAACACCUACAAUCAUGUAUCCCAGAAUCAAACUCACUGGCUACUUGCUUGGAUAACCUUGUUACUGAAGUUAAGAUGCUUGGAAGAAACUUUGUUUUUUUACUACAUGGCUGCGAGUGUGCCAUUAAUUCUGUGAUCACAGAAUCGAGAGACAAAAUUGACCAGUCAGUGUUGUCCAUUACUAAACAGCUGGGCCAACUAGCAGUUGCCAUGGGAUCUGAAAUGAAGAUUCUGACAACAGAGCAAUGCAGCCUUCAGCAGGCAGAGAUUGUCCAUAAUCCCAUGAAAGAGUCAUUUCUUUCUGGAGCAGAAAUGCACAUCAGUGAUCAGAUAGAUGCUGGAAUUUGUAGCAUAGGAGGCCUUGCAAACUUUCUCCAAAACCUGGAACCAGAAAAUAAGCUGGCACAUGUAGUCAAACAGAAGCUGACUUCCAUUGGGUCAGAUUUACAGUAUGUAAUGCAAAAGAGCAAAGCAGUAUGGAAUAACUUUGUUUCUGCUAAUGGAACAAGGAAAGAUAUUUCAAACAUCUGUCUACAAGAGCAUAUUGCAAGUUGCAAGACAUUGAACACUGACUUGGGCAGCCUUGAAGAUGCUUGGAAGAGCACUUGCAAUGCAGUUUUACAGUGCAUAAGAGGUAAUAUUUGGACAUUUGUUCUUAUCCUUUGUUACACACCAUAA